GAGGUGAGGGCGGUCGUCAGCGAAGGGCCCCGGGGCUCGCGGGGGGGGCGCAGGGCAGGUAAGGGGGUCGUGUUGAGCGAGAACCGAGGCGGUGGUGGGGCAGGGGUGUAGAGCUGGGGUUCCCAACGGAGAGCAUGUCCAAGGAACGGCUGCCGGCGAGGUGAUGCUUUUUCCUGGGCCUACUUGGGACCGGAAGUGAGCGCUAGCGCGGGGAGGAUGCCGGGAGGCAGGUCCCAGGGGAUAUGUGUGUGUCGCUGAAGACCCAUCCCGGAAGCCGGCCGGGAAGUGAGCGUCCCGGAGUCGGGCGGCCGCUCCAUUGACUGCAGGGCCCCGGCGGCCUUCCUCCGCUGUUCCGAGGCCGUUGAGGGCUGAUGUGCCCCAGCCUCCCACUUGUGGUUUGGCAAGCCAUCCAGCCGACUACAAACCCACGUUUAUGAAAAAACCCUGAAGCUCAGAAGUUAAAGGACUUGGUCACAGAGAUCAUUCAUGACUAUCAAGAUCUCCACUUAGGGAAGUGGGAAUCUUAUUUGCGGAACAUUGGGCAGAAGCUUUGCCAUUGGCUGGUGAAGAAGGAGGAGGCAGAAUGUCUGCAUUGUUACACCAUACAGCUCAAACUUCAGAAGACUUUGGGUUAAGCAGUUAUCAUUAGUCUGCAAUGAUCAUGUUUUCACCUGAUCAUUAGAAACUAAUGAAACACCUUUUAGGUCUUAUGAAUUCAGGUUACACUGUUUUCCAGAUGCCUUGGCAGCUGGUACAGGGCCUGUGAAAAAUGGAACCAAAUUCUCUGAGGACUAAAGUCCCAGCUUUCUUAUCUGAUUUGGGGAAGGCCACAUUGAGGGGAAUCAGAAAGUGUCCCCGAUGUGGCACAUACAAUGGAACCCGGGGACUGAGCUGUAAGAACAAGACAUGUGGAACCAUAUUCCACUACGGUGCACGCAAGCAGCCUAGUGUUGAAGCUGUCAAAAUCAUUACAGGCUCUGAUCUUCAGGUCUACUCAGUGCGGCAAAGAGACCGGGGCCCUGAUUACCGAUGCUUUGUGGAGCUCGGGGUUUCAGAGACGACAAUCCAGACAGUGGAUGGGACGAUCAUCACUCAGCUGAGCUCUGGACGGUGUUAUGUCCCCUCAUGCCUGAAAGCUGCCACUCAAGGCGUUGUGGAAAACCAGUGCCAGCACAUCAAGCUGGCGGUGAACUGCCAGGCAGAGGCCACCCCUCUGACCCUGAAGAGCUCAGUCCUGAAUGCAAUGCAGGCCUCCCCAGAAACCAAACAGACCAUCUGGCAGUUGGCCACGGAACCCACAGGUCCUCUGGUGCAGAGAAUUACUAAAAACAUCUUGGUGGUGAAAUGCAAGGCAAGCCAGAAGCACAGUUUGGGGUAUUUACAUACAUCUUUUGUGCAGAAAAUCAGUGCCAAAAGCUUGCCAGAGCGCCGCUUCUUCUGCUCCUGUCAGACUCUGAAAUCGCACAAGUCAAAUGCCUCCAAGGAUGAGACAGCCCAGAGAUGCAUUCAUUUCUUUGCUUGCAUCUGUGCCUUUGCCAGUGACGAGACACUGGCUCAGGAAUUCUCAGACUUCCUAAAUUUUGAUUCCAGCGGUGUUAAAGAGAUUAUUGUACCCCAGUUAGGUUGCCAUUCAGAAUCAACAAUAUCAGCUUGUGAGUCUACUGCCUCUAAGUCAAAGAAGAGGAGAAAGGAUGAAGUAUCUGGUGCACAGAUGAACAGUUCACUACUGCCUCAAGAUGCAGUGAGCAGUAAUCUAAGGAAAAGUGGCCUGAAAAAGCCUGUGGUUGCUUCCUCGUUAAAAAGGCAGGCCUGUGGUCAGCUGUUAGAUGAGGCACAAGUGACUUUAUCCUUCCAAGACUGGCUGGCCAGUGUCACAGAACGCAUCCAUCAAACCAUGCACUAUCAGUUUGAUGGCAAACCAGAACCAUUGGUGUUCCACAUUCCUCAGUCAUUUUUUGAUGCCCUGCAACAGAGAAUAUCUAUAGGAAGUGCAAAAAAACGGCUCCCCAAUUCCACCACAGCUUUUGUUCGGAAAGAUGCCUUGCCACUGGGAACCUUUUCCAAGUAUACUUGGCAUAUCACUAAUAUCCUGCAAGUUAAACAAAUCUUAGAUACCCCAGAGAUGCCCUUGGAAAUCACCCGUAGCUUUAUCCAAAACCGAGAUGGGACUUAUGAACUAUUUAAAUGCCCUAAAGUGGAAGUAGAAAGCAUAGCAGAAACCUACGGUCGUAUAGAAAAACAACCAGUGCUGCGACCCUUGGAACUAAAAACUUUUCUUAAAGUUGGCAACACUUCCCCAGAUCAAAAGGAGCCAACACCUUUCAUCAUCGAGUGGAUCCCAGAUAUCCUUCCCCAAUCUAAGAUUGGCGAGCUGCGGAUCAAGUUUGAGUAUGGCCACCACCGGAAUGGGCAUGUGGCGGAGUACCAAGACCAGCGGCCCCCCUUGGACCAGCCCUUGGAACUGGCCCCUCUGACCACUAUUACUUUCCCUUAAGGCAAAACAAGAGAAUAAUCUUUUGCUGCUUAAUUUGCACAUCCCCACCCCUUGACAACUUUAAAUGCUAGUUAGGCACUUAGAUGGCCCUGUUCCUUGGUGAACUGCUCUUAGCUAAGAUGAAAAUUCUCAGUGCUUUCAAGUGGAUUCUGUUGAAGAAAAUUUCUUGUAAAUAGCCUUUUUGGUGCUGCUGUGUACAGUCUUCAUUAUGCAUUGGGCAGUAUUUCUGGCUAGAGUUUUAAAAGGAACAGAAAGAAAACCAGCUUAUUUUCCUUCUUACAGACUCAUCUUUAGCAUUUAUUUCAACCUUUUGCUAAUUCUCUGAGAAAUCUGCAGCACUCAGCCAUACACCAACAGUGUUGGAAAGUUAACACCCUGGUUAGGGCAGAAUGUUAAAGACCAUCUUGGCAGAGUUCCAGCCAUGCUCUUUAUUUCUGUUCUCAAAUAAAGCACAGUGUCACUAGUUUUUCCAAA